CUCUGACGCUCGUACCGUAACGGGUCAAUCUUUUCCACUUCGAUUCAGCCAUCAUCAGCAGAUUUGCGACAAUUUUUGAUCCCCCAAGUUUAAAAGUACUACAUUACUGGCAAGUUACACAAGAGAGAAAUCCAUUUGUUAUCUCCUGUACUGUGUGCAGCUGCUGCAGUGAAUGGUCAGUACUAGAAGCAAUGCUGCAUAAAAUGGCACCCUUGUUGCAGCCUCAACACUAGCAGUUUGUGUCGGCAUUUUUCUGGACCAACUGCUCCUUCGAAGAAGUACUUCUGUGUGUUUUCAGUUUAGUUUCGUCAAGAAACCAGGAUGAGUAGUGUGAGCAAAACCGCCAUGAUGAAGCGGACAAUCCCUGUGAAGAGAAAACGCAGUUGUUUCAUCUGUGGAAGAGCGUCUUUUCAGAAGUUCUGCAUGGCUCAUCAGUGGCACGAAAAAAAAGAGGGUCCCAAACAUGUGUGUCCGGUCUGCAACAAGGUGUUCAAGGACUCGAGUAACCUGAAGCGACACAGGCGAAUACACACCCGUGAAAAACCAGGGGUGGGCGUAGUACGCGAACAUUGCUACUCUCAAACGGAGAGUGGAUUGAAACCGUUCUUGUGUGAUGUUUGUGGACAAACGUUUUCAGCGAAGAAGAACCUUCUUAAACAUCAAAAAAAGAUACAUGACUUCACCAUGCCUGCCCCAAGCAGAGUUGAGAAGAUUCCUUAUGAUUGCGACUCUUGUGGGAAAAGGUUUACGAAAAGAAGUGUCAUGUCGCGUCACUCUAUAAGGAUGCACUCCACUGAAAGGCCCUUCAGGUGCAGUUUCUGUGAGAAGACAUUUGCGCAAACGUGUGACCUUGUUCGCCAUGAAAGAGUCCACAGAAGAGAGAGGCCGUUCAUUUGCGACGUCUGUGGACGCCGCUUCUUGCGCAGACAUCAUCUUCAAGAUCAUAUGCUGACCCACACAAGGGCCAGGUCAUAUCUGUGUGAUGGAUGCGGACAGACCUUUAUACGUAAGGGCAACUUUGUCAAUCACAGAACAUUGUGCAGCCAAAUAACAGGAAGUGCGCCAAGUCAAGACGUAUCCCUUUCAGCGGAUCAGCAGAACAAUCACACCAGCACAGGUCAAGCUGAUUUGGAGACUGGUAUCUUGGAUCAAGCCUCGUACUUGGACAGCGUCCUGCAACAAACGGGAGUUGCUCAACCUGUGGAACAAACUUCAACCCCUGACACACUCAGUCAAGCCAUAACGCAGAGCUUGGGCAUCGAUUUCACCUUGUUUGAGAAAGUCACUGCGAACGGGAAGCGCUACAUGUGCGAUUUCUGCAACAAAGAGUGCACUUCCAUGCACGAGUUUUCCCGUCACCGACGGACACAUACAAAGGAGAGGCCCUUUCUGUGCAAAACCUGCGGCAAACGGUUCAAGCAGACGAGUCACCUGGUCACGCACAGAGUCACCCACACGAAGGAAAGGGCAUACAAGUGCGAGAUCUGUGGUCAUGAUUUUGCGCUAAGGAAUUCCUUUGUGAGGCACUGCAAGAAAAUGCAUGGAAUAUUUCCCGAGAAAACGGUGAGGACAAGGGGCCCAGGUCCUUCAGCACCGCUGGAGACAUCCGACACCAACCAGCAGGAGAACCAAGUAGAGGACAACGAUCAGACUGCCCAGAAUGAGGCAGGAACAGGCACUUUAGACCUUUUGAACCAACCAACAUACAUAUACUACCAGCAGGAGGACCAGGAAGGAGUAGACAAGACACUUCAAACCGAGGCAGCCACAGCCCUAGUGGACUUCCUGUCCCAAGCUUCGGACUGGAGCAGUAUGUUGGAAAGCACUCCAAGCACCACAGCAUGCGACACUACCAUGGGAACUUCGGCACCAAACCAGCUUACAGAUUACGCAUCCUUCAGAAAAACACUCGCGGGUGGUAUGCGGUAUGUCUGCAACUUCUGCAGCAAAGGGUUUGUCAAAAAAUUUGACCUCGUCCGUCACCGGCGCAUUCACCUCAAGCAGAAGCCCUUCGCCUGUGACACUUGCGGCAAGCGUUUCACCCAGAAACGGCAUCUGGUGGAUCACCAGCCGACACAUUCCAAAAUAAAAUCGUUUGUCUGCGGCAAUUGCGGCAAAGCUUUUGCCCACGGCGCAAGCCUUCGUUACCACCGGAGAAAACCCUGCAGCCGGCCGCCGCCGACUGAUCAGAGCUCAGAUUCCCAGUCACAGCCUAAGGAAAAGGUACAGCCUAUUGACGGGCGUUACUUCUGCGACCAGUGUGACAAACAUUUCAGCCAGAGAUAUGGCUUGGAACGUCACAAACUGGGCCACACCAGCACCGGCAAACCUUUUGCCUGCGAAAUUUGUGACAAGCGCUUCUCACAAAAAGACCAUGUUCGAAAGCAUCGGAGUGUCCACACGCAAGUAGCCCCAGCUGACAAAACGGUUUACAUCUGCGAGACUUGCGGCAAGUGUUUAGUCAGCAGGAAAGGCCUGACGCUUCAUAAGAAGACCCACAUCGACGACGACAGAUGGUAUGUCUGCGACAUCUGUGGCACAGGCUUCGUGGAGAAGAGGUGCCUUAAAGAACACUGCAAAACUCAUCCAGUCAAGACAGCGAACGAAAAACGCUUUAAGUGUGACGCAUGUGGGAAAGCAUUUUUCUACAAGCAAAGUCUCUCAAAGCAUCUUAAGAGAAAUAAGAACACCUGCUCUACAAUGAACAAACAGAGCCCAGAACAUUUGCCCGACCAUGUGCCAGUACAGGACACUGAGUGAAUAAUAUACAUGUACAUCUGCAUGAUUCAGACAUUUCUGUCUGGCAUUAACGACACUGUUUCACUUAUGAAAAAAACUUGGUAACAUUAACAGGGACUGACACUUACUACAUUACAACCAAAAAUGUAUGAGUGUUUUUAACAUUUACAAUAGAAGCUCUCGACAUUAAUCUCUAAAGGAAAUUUCAAUCGUAUGAAAUAUAUCACAGAGGGAACAUGAAAAGGAUUUGUAACUGCCAUCCCUGAAAUUCUGCCAGUCUGCCGGUACUACCGGUAAUAGUUUUUUAAAAGUUUUAACUUUAAUUUAAAGAUAUAAUCCAUCAUUUGUAAUUUGUGCAUUUUGUUCAUUUGAAGCAACAAAAGU